GGAUGGAGUACGGUGGCAUCAGAUAGUGGUGGAAGACUGGGAAAAUCUAUGUCCUUCAGUUGACUAAUAAUGGCUGGUGAUAGAUAAGAACUGUGUUCUUAAAGUCGUGGAAGGGUGUAAGAGACGUAGAUGUUGCGUGCCGGCAUCGAGGCGCGUCUGGCAGCGGGCGGCGCCAUCAGCAUCAGCUCAGUGGCUCUGGCGAUACGUGGGGGUAUAGGCGCGCCGUGAGCAGGACUUUGACUUGGCCUCGUCCACGGCAGUCUAGUGAGCGUGCAGUAAGUUCUCCGCCUGUUUUUGUCGUGCGUGCAGCAGCUGAUAAGACGUGUUUCCUGUGCUCGAGUAUUGUGUGGGAUAACUUUACUGUAAUGCCAAGUGGAGAUAUACGAGAAGGAUGAAAAAACUUGGAGGGUGUUGAUAAGAGUCGCGCGUGACAUACAAUACCAGUGUGCAAGUAUUGGUGGUUCUUAUGUGACAUUGCCCGGACGGCCGUGAACAAGAGGCCUGUGAGGGAAGGCGCUCAUAGGGCGACUCAUUACCAGGGCCCUUGCCCUCUGCAGGCCCUCGGCGCUGCGGCCUGCCAUUGCCACCGCCGGACACUUGCCCCCCGCACCAGCCGCACUGGUCCACUGCACCAGCCGCCGCAGCCACCUGCUUAACUCAGCCGCAAGGCAUACAACUGUCCAAGAACUGUUUAAUGCUUGCUCCUGUCUGCGUUGGCCCCAUCACGACCCGCCUUCACGUUCACUAAGAUGAGACGGAGGCUUCCGUCAGACAGCGUGAGGCAGCAAGAAGGUUUGGCCACCGGGGACGCCGCAGCUGGUAGAGGAAAAAGCGUCUGACGGGAGUACCUGCGUCCCGACGCCUCUCACUCCCCCCUGGCGCUCUGUGCACUGCUGGGAGGCGGGCAGGCGGUGCAAGUCUCUCAAUGGGAAAAACGGAAACAGACUGUUCAAAGUAGCGGCAAGAAAGAAAGGCCUUCCAUUACCGCGAGUGACUGAGCGUCAGCACAAUACAAGAAAAAAUUGUUCGUUUCUGCAAAAGUUGGUUUUCUUGAUUAUUAAAAAGAAAAAUAUUUCUCACAAACACGUACGCAAUGAACUUUACAGAAGAAGGAAGUGCCUCACCAUUCCAUUAGGAACCCGAAGAGAAAUAAAAGAAAAAAAAAAUACAUUUUUUUCACCAUUCCCCACGUAACGUAAAAUAACAGUGGGUUAAACUUUGGAGAAUCAAAUACAAAGCUUCUAUAAAACUCAAAGAAAAAGCUUUAUCCACAUACAUACAAACUUCAUCACCCGAGAAGUGUGUUCGAGUGUGUGUGGUGGUGUGGUGUGUGGAGCUCGCCUCCGUGUGCGUCAAGAACCCAUUCAGCGUGGGGAGAGAAUGACAGAGGCCGCGCGAGAGGGAAGACAGCGCUCUCACCGCCCUCACUCUCCGCCUGACUUCACUUGAAUACGCGUCCCGCAUCUUUUGACCCCGUAACGUUACACACGAGCGGGCAGGAUGAAGGUCGACCAAGGCCGAGACGCCAGUGUCGGACGCCUCAGCGAAUCCAAGCCUCCUCGAGCGUGCAGUCUUCGCUCUGACAACCCCGAGGUGGCUUACUCAACACAUGGGUACAUAAAGCCUUCCCCAGCCAGACCCUGCGAGCAGAGAGCCUCCCGGGGUGCUGCCUCCCUCACUGCCUUAUCCAGGUCGCCGCAGUACCAGUGUGGGACGACCCCAGACCCCCCAACCACCCAGGGAACGACCCACAGGCAGACCUGCUUCAGCUGGCUGCAAGUCUUUGUGACGCUACUCACCGUGCUGCCCAGCAUGGCCAAAGGUCCCCAGGGCGGCUCGCACAACACCCUCGGGGGCUACGGCAGCAGCCUGUUGGGCAAGAAUGGCAUCUUCCUGCAGGCGAACCACAGCGACAUCACGGCCCAGGAGGGCGCCACGGCCACCCUGCCCUGCCGCCUCAGCUCGCCGCUCGGUGACGGCAUGUUUCCCGUGCAGGUGUCCUGGGUGAGGCGGCGGGACUAUCACCUGCUGACGGUGGGCCGCCAAGCCUACUCCACCGACGCGCGCGUGGGGGUCAAGGUGUCGCUGGACGGCUCGGACUGGAUGCUAACGAUACGCUACGUGGCCGCGACUGACGCCGGCCUCUACGAGUGCCAGGUGUCCUCUCACCCGCCCCAGCUCCUCAUGGUCAACCUGCACGUCGUUAAGGCUCACGCUGAGAUCAUGGGCGGCCCGGAGCGGUACAUCCACCACGGGUCAUCCCUCGGGCUGGUGUGCCUGCUGAAGGGCGCCACUGAGCCACCCGUGUAUGUGUUUUGGUACCGCGGCGAGAGGAUGAUCAAUUAUGACAAGGAGCGCGGCGUGACGGUGCACAACUCCCGCACGUCCUCCAAGCUGUUCGUGGCCUCUGUGUCACGGCGGGACGAAGGCAACUACACCUGCAUGCCCUCCAACGCUGCCGCUGCCUCCGUGGUGGUCACCGUCAUCCAGAAGGAAAACCCUGCCGGCCUCCAGCAAGAGACGAACACAGAGAAGGAAGCAGCACCCGCCUCCUCCUCUUCCUCGUCCUCCUCUGCAUCAUCUUCCAAUGAAAACAGCGGGGCGGCAGGGGAACGGGCCUCUCCCCUUGGGCUUCUUCUUUCCCUCCCUUUGGUGUUCAUUCCCCUGUUUACCCGACACUCCUUCAGAUGAUAUGCUCGUCCUGCGCCAGACAGCCCGCGUACCAGGCUGUGUCUUGUUUAUACUUGCUGUUGAACCUCUAGUGUAGCGGAGACUCGUGUCGGCCCGACGCUGAAGCCUCCAGGACGCGGCCUCACCUCACAUAUCGACUCCUCCAUCCUCCUUCACCUACGUGUUUGUGUGUGUGUGUGUGUGUGUGUGAGAGAGAGAGAGAG